UUUUAUCUUAAUUUUAUUAUUAAUUUUUUUUGUAUAGUUGCUUAACAGGUACUUGUACAUACACUUUUAAUGAGUACGAAAAUCAUUACUAAACAACUUGUCACGUCUUCUUCAAACUAAAAACGCCAAAAACUAACGCACAAAAUUUUUACAAUAACAAUGUCAUACACAAUUUUCAUUCGCUAGUGUAUCACAAAUCAUAUGAACCUAUACAUCUAUAGGAUCGAUCAAAAAGAUUGCGAUGCCGCUGGGUAACCAAUAAUGGUUUAGGAAAGUUGAGGUGAAGGUUGAAGGUGACAAAUAUAUAUAGCCUAGGUGAAACAUAGGGCCUUACUAAACAAAAUACGAAAGUAAUAUAAUUUGGCAUAAAAUCCCUGCUUCUUUGCCAAUUAAAGAUCACAUGAAAUAUUUAGGUAGAUUUAUUUAGACUAGUGUAGAUCGAAAGAGAUGUUGAAAAUUCUGUACAAUCGAGAGCUUUUUUACCCUAGAGUUUGCAAAAGUAACACAACAUAAAGACAUUUUUCAGAUAAUUGGCUCAUCCGUGUCGAUCACUCGGUAGAUCGCGAUUCGGUUCGACUAUUCGACGAUUAUUUUAUAGCCACAAUAACAUGGUAAUCUUAAUUAAAACCAUACCUGAGAUAGUAUUUAUGAGUGGAUUUUUUUUUCUUAGAAAAAUCUGCCAAAAUUUUAGAGGUGACAAAAGCCUGGUCUCUACAAUUUUAAAUAUGACAUCGAGAUUCAGUGCACACCAUGAAAUGGAUGUGAGCCAGAAGUUGUUGACCUUUUAGCAAUUGAAGAAAUAUGUGACAAAGUUUUUUUUUGGUUUUUUUUUUAUUCUAAACUCAUUUUAUACGAGUAUUACCAGUACCUGUUAAGUUGUAGCUAUUUUUCAAUACUGAAUCAAGUGUAUACAACUUUUUGACUUCGAGCAAUUUUUUAUUGAGAGGUAAGUAUUUCCAAACAAUUGAGGAUUUGGAUUUGUUUUUUUGUCGAUGAAUUCUUAAAGGGUUCACAUUUACUGCUGGGAAUAUGAAAACUGAUGUAACAUGGUACAUAUACACCCUGGAGCUUUAUUCAACCAGACUAGUUAAUUUAAACAGCUGAAUCGAUAAAAAAAAUCCUAGAUUGAUACAACCAUUUUUUUGUGUUUGUGUUAAGUUAGAUCUUCAUAUAAAGGGUGAUCUAUUUCACGGGUUUCCUACCUUUUUAAAGAAAACAAAAAACACAGAAACUUAAAAUUUAAUGGAUUAUUUAUUAUUUAAUUAUUAAACAGUUGCUUUUUUACGACGGGAAAAAUUUGUCUGACGAUUUUUACCAUGGAAAGGAAUUGAAUAGGGAGUUUGCUUCAAACUUUAUAUUUCCAAUGGCAUCAUGCCUACGAAAUCGUUGAAAAAUUUAGGGAACCAUUUUGGGUAGUCUACUUUAUCGCGAGCACAGGUACUUGAGUUUCACAAAGCAUUCUGGUAAGGUCUACACAGCUCUUUAGCAACUUACGCAAAUUUUACUGAUAACCUCAAAGAUAAUCUUGAGUGUUUAACAUACGAAAGCCAAUACACCAAUGCGACCACUUCUCUAAGACGUCCUUAAAAGAUGGUUCUUCUAAUUAUUCCACCUCUUAUACAAUAUUAAAUUUCGGCAAUUAGUUUACUCCGGUUGAGGUGUUCAUAUGAAAAUAGUCGCAUGAAAGAUGCAGCUGUGUGCCCAUCAUAAUUUUUUAAUUCAUAAAAAUUAUCUGGGAGUCUUGUAAAAGCGAGUAUAAAUGUUGUAUUUCUAACAAAAUUUCGUGUCCGGAAUCGUUGCGAAACACAAACAUUUGAAUGGUACAAAGGCUUCAAAGACUAUUGAGUGAUCGGUGAAGACAUGUCUCGUUCUUCGACCUCUUCAACUAAUGAAAAUAUUAAAAAUGUAAAGGAUAUGGUGCUUAAAAAUAUUUAGAUAAGUGUUAGAGAGAUGGCAAGAGAGCUCGAAAUCUUUCGCAAGUCUGUUCGAAUGAUUUUGGUGGAUAUUUUGGGUAUGAAACGCGUUCUUGCUCGACUCGUCCCGAUAAAGCUGACUUUUUUUUGCAAAAAGAUUACCGUAAACAGGUCUCUUUGGACAUGCUGCGAUCAUGCGAAUUUCGAUCUCACAUUAAAGGAGAGCAAUUUAAAUAAACAAGUCUACAAUUAUCGAAAUUUUCAAUCGAUCGAAGAGAUAAACCAAAUUCGCUGAAGGCCAUGCCAAAAAGUGUUUAUGAAAAUUGUUUUGGGAACUGGAAAAUAAAUGUAUUAUAUCUGGUAGGGAUAGCUUUGAAGGCGACAAAAUAAAUAUUCAUAUAUAAUGAAAUAUUUUGCGUUUUAUUUACAAUUUCCGGUAACUUUUUUGACACAAUAUAAGUGCUCCUGAAUGCACACUAAACUACGUUUUUGUUUAUUCAUUGCAUGUAGAUGUUAAAUAUAAACAGUUAAAACAGCCAUACUACCGGCAAUACAGUAAGAAUACUAGCAGCUUCGGUCAACCCACUUAAACAGCUGAUUUCUUCAAAACCAGUUUCAAAGCGCGAAGUAAACCGCAGCGCAUAGCAGAAGCGGAAGAGUACCACUUUCGUUACGAAAGCUUUAGCUCAACACACACCAAAUGGCCAAUUCUCUUUCAAACCAACUCGAAUGCGUUUCAAGUCGACUUCAGCAGACCUGCUAUGGCUUUGGCGAAGAAAACCAGAUUUAGUUGUGCGUAAAACGUUAAUGAGCGACUUUGCAAAGCGGUCAGCCGAGGCGAUUUGUAGUGGAAAUUUCAACACGAUGUGAUAGUGAAAGGAGUUUUUAAUUUAUUUUUUCAACAUAAUUUGUUUUUGUUAUACGUUUGUGCAAUAUUAUUUUUGCGCAUUUAAUAUUAAACUGCGUGUAAAUAUUAAUUUGAUUUAAGUAUUUGUAAAUAUAAAGUUGGUACAGAAAAACAAAAUGAAGUCCUCAGGCAAUUAUGCAUUGCUAUUAGUCAUCGCUGCUUGUAUUUUGUCGCAAAAUAUUGUCGGCGCACAACAGCUAAUCGCGUAUCUCUCUCAGCAUGGCCUCCAUGGUGAGAUUACCUUCCGUCAAGCGAAUGCAACGACUGUGGAGAUCAACGCCAAAUUAGAAACCACACUACAAUACCCGGAACAAGUGUGGAGUUGGGGUGUCAGACAAUUUCCUGUAGAUUAUACCGAUAUUGAUCCAGACUCGCGUUGCAGUGUGGAGAAAUUGGGCGCACAAAUAGUGAAUUUUGACGAACAGCUUGACUUUCUGAUGUUGCCCGGCAAUGAGUCCACCACCUGGUAUCGUGAUAUGACUUUAAUAGAUGAGAAUGGUAUUUGGGGCAAAUCUCUCGUUCUAACCGAAGUCGGUUCGCAUGCGCGCAUUUGUGCCACCAUCACCACCAUUCAGAUGUCGGUGGAGCAUAUGGCUGAGGCGCGUUUUAACACACCCAUUGCGGGCUCUGUGCAUUUUCGUUGGUUGGCGCCAGUAGAUGGCGCACCCGGUGACACACUGAUCUACUCGAAUCUCUAUCACAUACAAGCACAACCGCCUAACGAUGAUCCCAGCAAACCUAUGACACGUCAUAGUUGGAAAAUUUUCGUCACCGACAUAUUCAAAAAUGAUCAUCAUCGCACUGAAGAUAAUUGCAAUUUCUUGCAAUUGGUAUUCGAUCCACAAGGUUAUGGCGAGAACAAGGGUAUAGGUGAUCUGGACGCUAGAUUGGGCAAGAUAAGUGUGGCGAAGAAUGCUUUACAAAGGACACAACGCGCAGUUUAUAGAGAUGAUAAAUUUGUGUUGUUGCCCUCAGAUUUAUCUAUACCGCAUCGCACGCUGUACUUGGUGUUAUUCGAGGAUCAACAUCCGGAUAACUUUCUGGCAUGUACACAAAUUCGCCAUGUGGAACCACUGACAUACAAAACCUUCCUGAACUCUGGCGGUAUUAAGGGUGAAAUAACGUUUACACAACGCUCGCGUUUUGAUCCGACUUUUUUGAAUUUCACGCUCGAAUCGGCUGGCAAACAGGCACGUUUUGUUAAUCGCAAAUUUGCCGAAGACGUCUCCGCAUUUCGUAUACAUACUCUACCACCGGUGCCACAUCGCAAAGGUCUGCCGAGUUACUGUGAAUCCACUGGUGGCCUAUAUAAUCCACGCGAACUUGAAAAAUCUGCCAUACCACCACCAGGUUUUGGCACACAAGAUCAAUAUCCCACUGGAGAUUUGAGCGGAAAAUUACAAAGUCGCAAUAAGGAUUACUAUCAUAACUAUUUACUACCAGGUGCUAGUUCAGAACUUAGCGGUCUGUACUGGGACACAUUUUUACCAUUACAAGGACUUAAUAGUAUCGCACACCGCGGUAUGGUCAUCUUCACUUAUAAUCGCACAAAUGUUGAUAACAUUACUGAAAAUCCAUGGAGCUGUUCGUCUAUAACACAAUACCUUAAGAAUGGUUUGUAUCAGAAACCGAUGUAUACAGCGCAGGUGUUACUCCGUUAUCCAGUCGUGGGACGCGUACUCUUUCGUCAGCCGGUUGAAGAGCCUUGGCAAGACACCACCGUCAUAUUUGAAUACUUAAUACAUGCCGACGGGUCCACACAAAACAAUACAUUCGAACAUCGUUGGGCCAUACAUAGUAAUGCGCCGGGCAAAGAUUUUUACGACUGGCAGAAUCGCUGUCUUUCCACCGGAAAUGUUUUUAAUCCACACAAAGUGCAGUGGGGCAAUCGCUCGCUUGAUGACUAUUGUAAACCACAUUUGCCGACAAUGUGUCGUGUGGGUGCGUUGGAUACACGCGUGGGAAAGUUAACCAUAGCGGGUGGAAAGAAAAAUGCAGAGAAGCUGAGUCGUCUCAUGUUUACGGAUACGAAUUUGCCCUUAUCGGGUAGACAUAAUAUAUUAGGAAAGUCAUUAGUAAUCUACGAUGAUUUCGGGCCCGUAGCGCGCGGCGAACGACUGGCAUGCUCUGUCAUUAUAGGGCACUUUCGGCGCAAAGUAGUGGCCAAAGACUGGUAUGCCAAUGGCGAUGAAUUGACCGUUAAUGGGCGCUUGGAAAUCACACAGCAAUCGGAAUACGACAUUAGCAACAUCGAGGUACAGUUGAAGGGGUUAAAGGAGAACAGCGGCUAUCACAUACACAUGACACCAGUUGAAGCGAAUCUUGAAUUUCCUUGUGAAGCCACCACACUUUACGGGCACUGGAAUCCUUUCGAUAUAAAUGUCAAAUCAUCACCGCCACCCAAGCAAGGCACAACCGAUCAGUAUGAAAUGGGCGAUCUGAGUGGCAAAUUCGGUACACUCGAUGAGCUUGUGCAGUACGAAGACGCCUAUAACGACACAAAUUUACCGCUUUUCGGUUACAACAGCGUGAUCGGUCGUUCGGUGGUAAUACAUAAAAAGCGUCGAAAUGCACGUUGGGCCUGUAGUACGCUGGAGCGCGGUUAUAGCCCCAGCGAGGCGCGUGAGAUACGUGCAAUAGCUUCGUUUCAUCAUCCGACCGGCUAUGCCUACGGUUAUAUCAAAAUGACACAACUGAUACAUGUGGACGGUAGUCAAUCGGAAACUGUUAUCGAGGUGAAAUUAAGGCAUCCGGGCAAAAACGAUCGGAAUAUGACCCAAAAUCACAACUGGCAGAUAUUUGUGAACCCGGUCGGUGUGGAUGCUGCAGUCAAACCCACCAUAACACGUUGUGUUGCCGGCGGUUAUGUGUGGAACCCAUAUUAUACCCAACUAGCAGAUCCGUUAAAUCGUGAUUUGUACGAGCAGGAAUGUGGUCCCGAUAAUCCAUUACGUUGCUAUGUAGGCGAUGUUGGCGCGCGACUUGGCACAAUAAACCUCGGCGUGGAGCGUGUUGUCCUCACAGACUCUAACUUUCCGCUUGAAGGACCUGUGGGAGCCAUCGGUCGUUCAAUAGUCAUCUUUGGCCCUGAAUACUCUUCGGAACGUUUCGCCUGCGCUAAUAUUGAGCCGGAUCAUAAUGUUUUUAAAUAUGUUAAUUUACAGAAACCACCGAGAUUCGUUGUCGCACAAUUUUUGGAAGAACUACGCUCGGUGAUGGGUAUUCCAGAAUGGAUGUUGGAUGUGGACGCGCGUAAAACGAAGGAGUUGCAUGGUGGCGCCUGCAUUCAAAUGAUCAUACACUUUAAGGGACCGAUUGCACAUCGCUUGGAAUUGGAUAUGUCACGCCUAAUUGCUGCUGGUCGUUUAGAUUCGCCUAGUCUGUUCAUUCCCGGUUAUGUGAACACCAAAAGAAAAGCCACCAUUUCGUAUAGAACUUGUGGUGUGCGGGAUCCAAAUGAGAAACGUACUAAGACGUUUUACGGAAGUUUCACCAACCGUUCAAGUCGUUCGCUGCCAAAUUACAUAUUAUUCGUAAUUUUGAUUGCGCUGAGUUUAUAUUGAUCUGCAAUAUUUGUUUACCCAAAUACGCAAACACAUACACACACACCUACUUGUACAUAUAGGCGAGAGUUGAUUAAAAAUCGCACCUUGUUGUAUAAUUUUUAUAUCAUUUUAGUGCAUAAAAGCGAUGAAUAAAUAAACAUAAUUUAUUUUUAAAACCAAAUACUCUUUCUCUAUCUCUCUCAACUGCUGCGCUCUGCGAUAUUUACAGCUUUAUAAUCUCUUUCACCACAAUGCCGUCACCUUUCGCUGGUAGAGGCCGGUACGCUAGCCACCCCUAAUUUGACUUUUCUCCCAGCCGCUUGUUGGAAAUGAGUUCAUUAUUUUGUUGCUCAGCAUUGGCAUUGCGUCUGCGCUGUAAACGUGCGCCGUCUGUAUCGAUUGAAGAAUGGAUAAAAAUUCUUUUGUGCAUAUCACGUCGAGUUCCAAGCGUUUGCCUGCCAGCAGCAGUUGUGAAAAGUCACCUUUGUAGCCAGCCAUUGUGUGCCCAGAGAAGCAGUACAGCAAAUAAUUAACAAUAUUGGUAUCAAUAAUGCAUUGCGUUUUUCUAGCGAUUUACUUGUGUUUAGCUGUUACGACUUGCAGUGCUACUGGACUUAGUGGUCCGUACCUCUUUUGGGGUCAUCACAGUGUCAUUAAUUUGCAGCCACGCGCCCUUGUCGAGGCCAGCGAAGAAGAUCUCACCAAUUUAUUUCAG